GACCAAACCCAGUUUCUCACAAUAGAUCUCCCAGGCUCGUACUACCCACACCGUUGCUGUAUGAAACACUCUCAGCCGUAUUUACUGGGCAACAUCUUCUCUAGGUACUCCACGUUAGACCGUCGCUGGGUUGCCCCCUCAGCAUCUUCAACAUCCACGUCAUUCGGGGCAGUAUGGACUACCAGAAGAUAGCGAGCGACGUUUACAAUCUCGCAGAGUCAGAUGAGCCUAUAGCUCCCCAAGUGAGAGAGGCCUUGCAGGUCAUCGAGCAGUGUCUGGACCAAUAUGGGCAAGAUCAUCUAUCCCUGAGUUUUAACGGCGGGAAGGAUUGCACCGUCCUACUCCAUCUGUAUGCUGCGGUUCUCACCAGAAAGGUUUCGUCCACGCAUAAGCCUAUAUCCGCAUUUUAUAUUCCAGUAUCAUCACCAUUCGCUACACUGGAGGAAUUUGUCAAGAUAGCUGCGCAAGACUACCUCCUUGAUAUUUUCACAUGCAACCUAUCAUCGGACAUUCAGUUGCCCGUGGAAAGUGUGACACCCGGUGUUUCGACCCCAACAUCGCUUAAGGGGAGCGACGGCUACAUAGGAGAUAGACUCCAGACUCGGCCUGUCGGAACGGCUAGAGGCGGUGAAGGGAUGCGGCGAGCCCUGGAGUUGUACAAACUUCGUUUCCCAGCCAUUCAAGCGAUUUUGGUAGGCACACGACGAACGGACCCUCAUGGAGCAACCCUAUCAUACAGAAAUAUGACGGACCCAGGAUGGCCCGCCUUCGAACGGGUAAACCCGAUCAUAAAUUGGGCAUACUCAGAUGUCUGGACAUUCUUAAGGAAACUCAAGAUUCCGUACUGCACGUUAUAUGAUGAAGGUUACACGUCUCUGGGAUCUACAUAUAACACAUUCCCAAAUCCAGCCCUACUUGUCACGGAUUCUGAUUCGUCCAACACUCUUCCUUCUUCACUCACAAUUGUGGCGAACAAUCCAAAUACCAUGUGUCUUGCUGAACCACUUCCACCGAAGUCGUUUAUGAACGGCUCGGCGGGCAGUCUCGGUUCUUUUACCAUCAUUGCCAAUAAUCCCGACCAGACAUGCUUUGCCGACCCUGUCUGUGAUUUGAGGGAGACAGAGCCACCUGGGAGCUCCAUCGAAUUAUUGGGACCUUUCCAGGUUCUGGCAAACGAUCCAAAUACUCAAUGCCAUGCCGAGGUUAAUGAGAAGAGUGCCAAUAGUGUCAGCCUCCCACCGCGGUAUCGUCCCGCGUAUGAGCUACAGGAUGGAUCUCUUGAACGCGCUGGGCGAGUUUCGGGUGCUAUUCCACCUGUGAUACCAGAGAUCUGAAUAUUGUAAUCUAAUACGGACGAUACAGCGCAUAGAAUAACAUCCAUAUGUUCAUUACAACUGUAUUUGACACGGUUCACUUGCCGCUCACGGUGUGGGAUUCAUGCACGUUAUACACCAUUCUCAGAGCCUGAAGUUGACCAGUUUCCAACCGUUAUUCGAAGGUGAAUUUACUUGGACAGCGAGAGACUACCAAGACGACGUACACAGAUCUAGACUGGGUAUUGAAUACUUGGUUUAUUUUAUUUUAUUCAUAUAGUAGUACGUGCUAAAUACUGUGGCGUUCUUUUCGCAAAUAUUGGAUACUUGGCUCUAUGAGAGAGACUCUGGAGCGCUCUGAACAGAUUCAGUUCCUCCUGAUUGACGGGCUCAAGCAUACACCGUUGUACACGCGCAAACACUGGGUGCUAAUACAUGGGCAUAUAUUUACAAUUCGAUCG